UGGAACUGGUCUCAUCCAAUCGUUCCAAACGUUUCGUCAAUCUUCCUCAGUCGCGCUGAAGCUUUUCCAGAGUGUUUCAUAAUGCAGCCUCAUAGGACAUCCACAAUGGUUUGGUGAUGAAAGAAUGUUAGUGAUAGCGACUAUGAGUAACUAAUCGGAGUUAUGUUGAUUGCCGUAAUCGACUUGGUGACUAAAUCCGUUGAUACCCGUUUUGCUAGUGAAUAUACCAGGAUAUGGUCGAGAUUUUGCGAGGGAGUUAGACACUGUUUGAAGUUCAAUGUUUAUAUAUAACCAGAAGAUACACAAAAAUCACUGAUCUUUGCAAAGAUAACUAUGGAGGGUUCAAUUGACAAUACAUAUACUGAUUCAUUGCACAUAAAAAUGAAACGCCUAAUAACAGAAAUAAACAAAUACUUAACUGUAAAAACUGAGGAUAGUGUAUUUUUAAUAAAUAAAAAUUUACAGACAUUCAGCGUAACGAUAGAUAUAAAUAUAUUUGAUCCCGACACAAAUCUGGGCGUAGAAUUUUUCAUCUGUUUGUACAAUCUCUUCGUCAAAACAGAGCCUCAGUCGCAGAUGUCGUGGUAUUGCGUCGACGUACUAUGCAACGCUUGUCGUAAUACAUCAGCCAGACAAGCUCUGAUAGACACCUACAACUUCAUUCCAAGUCUGUCGCAAUUGUUAGGUGAUCAGUUGACUGACGUAAAGAAAAAGAAGCUUCUCAAACUAAUGCAGGAUCUUUCUUGCGGAAUUAAGAUAUCGUGGCAAAUUCCUCAUCUACCGCACUUGUUGAAGACGUUAACCAAAUGGGUAGAAAGCCAGGACCAGGAGAUAGUGUGCUUAUCGUUAGGCGUUUUGGUAAACUUGUGUUACAAGAAUUUACCAGCCGUAUACACUUUAUCGAAGACUAUCGACAUAAAAAAGUUUUUAAGGUUUUGUCUGCCGCUCAAGGGUCCUAUAACGGAAAUAUAUGUAUGUAAAUUAAUGGUAGUGUUGGAUUACAUGCACGUGGAUAUACCUAAAAACACCCUAGUGAAGCUCGUAGAACCAACGUUCUUGUCAAUUUUUGAGUCUUUUAAAAGCAACGACGCGAUAGUGCUUAGGCAGAUUGUCGAUUUCUUUUUGGAUGCAAUCAGACCAAGCAAAGGCAAGCUGGUUUUGAGGGAAUGUAGUCAGUACGAAAAUCACAUUGAAAAUCUUUUGCAGCUGGUGGACAACAGUGCCGGUAACUCCUCAAAGGAUUCCGGAUACUCUGUAAAAGACAGCAACCCCGAAUGCGUAUGCGUCAUACUGGAAUUCAUCCAUUCCAUAAUGUGCUUCGAUGCUGAAUCCGUCACUAGUCUGAAUCCUAAUAUAAUUAAGCUGGCCAUCAACUGGAUAAACUCCGAAUUUGUUUCGUUCCAAGCACUCGCCGUCUUAACGAAAAUAGUCGAAAAGGUGCUAGAAACGGAAAACGACAGACAAAACAGUGAAAUCUUCGAGUCGUUAGUAGCUGCGCUACCGGUAUUUCUACUAAUCUUACAGUCCAACGCCAUUCCGUCUAACAUGGAGAGCUGUCGCAGGCUGGGGGCGCUCCUCCAACUUUUGAGGGGUAUGGUCCAAGCCGCCAGUACCCGCCCCGGCGUCUUACAAAUGCUAAAGGAGGAAUUAAUCGCGAAGGUGUUUGUACCCUUGCACUCGGAGAACUUGAACGUCGAGUGUUUACCGAUCCUCAAGUCCAACGAUGUGGGUGUCUCGUCCACGGAUGCCGUGGGCACAUACUUGUACGCCUUGGGUCUGGUAAACGAUCUAGCGCAAUGUGGGACCAACUGGCUUGGCCUUCAAAGCUCGUUGAUGGAGAAUAGGAAGGUUCACAUGAUCAUCGCUCAGGCUUUGUACGGCGGCACCACCGAAAUAAGAAGCAUGGCCUUGGAAAUAUCUAGACAUCCCAAUUUUCCCGUAAAGAAAGUAGCCUCUACUUUGGGUAUUUUGCGGCCAGAGUUCAGCGAGUCUAACGGUAGGGUUCAAAGAUACACCGAGGUCGGUUUUCCGAUACUCUCUUUUACUCAGAUGGAGAGGCUGGACGAUGCGCUGGACAAAUUGGAGAAAUUAAUGGGCGACGGCAACACAGCGAGUAUUGUGACCUCCCAAGUGAUGGAGCUGUACGAGUACAAGCUGGCGACGCUAGGCUACGCAGAAAAAUCGGCUCUCGCCAGCAUUGAGGCGGCGACCGAGCGGUGCACCCAGCUGCAGCACCGGCUGGCGCAGAUAACCGCCGAACAGAAUAAGUUGCAGCAGUUACUGUUCCACGAGCAGUACUGCCUGGAGCAGACUAUGAAGUCGAACAAGGAAUUCAGGGAGCUGUACACGAUGGAACAGAACCGGGCGCAGGCAGCUCUGGGUAAAAUUAAAGUGUACGAAGAAGAAAUGAGGAACAAAGAGAAGCUCGUGAAGGAACUUGAAUCGCUAGUGAAGAAGGUGGAGCAUAUGUCGGAUGUUAAUUCGAAGCUAACGGAGCAACUGGCUAAAAAAGAGCAGGUUAUUAAUAAGUUGGCGGAAAGUGGCAACAAGUCGGAGAAAAAUUUGCAGAAAGCGGAGGAUCUCCUGAAGAAGGCCAAUUUGGAAAAUAAAAAAUUGAACUCGAACAUAACGGAACUCGAGGAGAAACUGGACGUAAAGGAAAUGAGAUUAGCCGAAUUAACGGAACAGUACCAUCAAAUGAAACACAUCAUAGAUACGAUUACGAAAGUGGCGACCAGCUCGCAAGUACCUUGAGCUCUUGUUAAAAUCUAACUUGUGAAUAAUCUGUGAUAUGUAGGAUUCUUAAAUCGACUGAAUAAGCAAUUAUUUGUGCCUUUAAAUUGGAGAUAAAUAAGGUUUCAACGUUUAUGUUUCAUGACGUACAUUUUUAGAAUCUAGAAACUUUUUAUAUUUUAUAC